AUGGUUCCGAAAGUCCUCGUUGUCUUGUCAUCUCAGGAUAAGAUCCCUGCCAACGGUCAUCCCACCGGCUGGUACCUGCCCGAAUUCGCUCACCCAUGGGAAGUCCUCCACGAGAAGACCGAGCUGGUCAUUGCCUCGCCCAAGGGUGGUGAAGCACCCCUGGAUCCCGCCUCCGUCAAAGCCUUCGAGAACGACCCCGUCUCGACAAAGUUCCUCAACGAGCAAAAGGCCCUCUGGAUGAACACAGUCAAGCUGUCCGAUGUGCUUCCCAAGGUGUCUGAAUUCGACGCAAUUUUCUAUAUCGGCGGUCACGGCCCAAUGUUCGACCUCCACUACGAUGAGACCUCCAUCGCUCUGAUCGAAGCCUUCGCCGCCGCCAAGAAGACCAUCGCGGCCGUCUGCCAUGGUCCGACCGUCCUGCUCAAGGCCAAGGCGCCGUCCGGGGUGCCGCUGCUCUCUGCUUGCACCGUGACGGGCUUCUCCAAUACCGAGGAAGACCAGGCGCAGAUGUCGUCUGUUAUGCCGUAUAUGCUGGAGGAUGAGCUGCAAAAGGUCACGGGGAACCGGUACGUCAAGGCCGAGGAGCCGUGGGGGGAGAAGGUGGUGGUCUCCAAGGCUGCCAGCACGGGGGCCACGAUCAUUACGGGACAGAACCCGGCGAGUGCGACGGGAGUUGGUAAGGAGAUUCUCAGGGCGGUCUGCCGCCGGUCUCCGGAGCGCGUUACCCCUCCCCUCUCUAGAUUAAACCUGCAGCUGUCGAUCACAGAGCAUCCGGCGAAUCAGCAGCGGUGCUUACCGGGCGUGGCCGAGAUAUCGAUGCCAAGAUCUUGCCGACAAGUCGAUGAUACGCCGCCCUUGCGUGAAGAUGCUUUAUCACUGAUUCUACGACUGGACGACGAGGAGAUGUAUCCUGAAGCAGACUGGUAG